CCAUGCAACCGUUGACGUCUUUUUGGACGCUGUUCAUUGAUAACAAAAUACUGCAAGUGUUGAAGUAACGAAUCAGAGAAAUUGUGCUGCAUGUUUUAAACAAUAUUAGGUGUUUUAGGCAACAAUGAAACCAUCACUGGAGUCAGACGAGGAAGAGGAAUUAGGAGCACUGCAGAAGACGCUGAGAGAGCGAGCCAACCGCAGUAUCCAGCAUCUGUCCAGCAUGUUGGCCAGCCACAGCUCUGACUCCGAGACUUCAGACCCAAACCAGCAGGAGUUGCUCAGUUCUGUGCAACAAAACCCCUGUUCACCAGUUCAGCAGAGUGAAGCAGUCAAUCAGCUGCGUUCCUUGCUUCAAAAGAAGACCAAAGAUGCCAAUAUUCAAUCACCUUCCCCUUCCAGAAGGAAAUUGGCAGCGAAGCAGAGAGCCACGGAUGAUUGCAGUAGCAGUCAGCCUGGUGUUCACAACUUGGUUCCCAUCAUAAACAACCAGUCUGAGUACAUUCAGCACUUGGAGGCUGAGGUCAAGUUCUGCAAGGAGGAACUCCUGGAAAUGAAGCAGAGAGUUAGAGUGGUGAUCGUGGAGAAUGAAAAACUACAUGAGGAGCUGAAAGCAAAGACGAUUGAAGACACACUUAAAGAAUACACAUUUGUUGACAGCACAUUGAACAUGGAACACACACAAGAAAACACUUUAAAGCAAAGACUUGGCUCUGUUAAUCAAGCUGAGGACCACAAGUGGAAGAAAGAAAUGGAGCAACUGAAGUGUCUCUAUCAAGCACAAACUGAGACUCUGGAGGCUCAAGUGGUCUCCCUGAAGAAAGACCUGGCCAGCAUUCAGAAAGAAUAUGAGGAAAUUAAAGAACGACUUAGGCACAAAGAAGCGAUGGCUGUGGCGGCGGGCACUGGUCAGCGUGUGGGUGGUCUGUGCCUGAAGUGUGCCCAGCAUGAAGCGGUUCUAGCAGAGACUCACACCAAUGUUCAUGUGCAGAGCAUUGAAAGACUCACUAAAGAGCGAGAUGAGCUGAUGACCGUUCUCUGCUCUCUGAGGGCCAGUCAGACUGAGGCCCAGCAGAGAGAAUGGGCUGCCUAUCAGCAGGUCAAACAGGCGGUGGAGAUGGCAGAAGAGGCCAACCUGGAGAAGACAAGAGCGCUGGUGCAGUGUGAGCACUUUCACAGUGAGCUGACUAGACAGAGAGAGAGACUGGAGAGAGAGCUGGCAUCUGAACAGGACAAAAUCUCCCAGGCCAGGGAGGCAGCACGUUCAGAGAGCAAGAAAGAGAAGGAAGAGCUUGCACAAACUGUGAGCAGUCUGUCUCAGAGAGUGGCUGAAUUGCAGGGUCUGCUGGAUAGAGGAGAAAGAGAUCGAAACUCGCUUAACAGUCAGCUGGAAGAAGCUUAUAGGAAGCUCACCGCACAAGAAACAGACAGCAGCAAGGUGUGUGCGGAGCUGCGCUUUCUGUUGAGUCAGGCCCAGCUGAAGAAAGACGAGGCAGAGAGAGACGUGAGGGACAUCAGCUCCAAACUGGGCCGCCAACUAGAACUGGCAGAGCAGGAAGUACAGAAGUUGGGUGUGGAGCUGAGCGGUUACCGGCAGCGUUUGGAGGAGGCCCAGAGGGCAGAGGGCCGAGCCCGGGCGGAGGCAGCAGGCCUGGCUGAGGGGCUAAGCCGCGCCCAGCGCCAACUGCACCUCACCAGGUAA